AUGCGAUACCUCUGUCCUGUCUCUGCAUUCCUGGGGUUGAUGUGCCUGGCGGAAAGUAGGAGCUCAUACGUCGCUGACUUGUCCAUCUUGGCAUUUGCCGGCACCCCGGUUGGGAAAGUUGUGCCUUUUAAUGGCCUUGACCUCUACGUCUCGAUGCCGCGCAAUAAGAGCGAAAAAGGGCCAGAUCCGAUGCGACAAUUUGGAGUUCUCAUGCUGCCUGACGUUUUUGGGAUCCAGUCGACGGAGAACAUGCUUCUCGCCGACAGCUUUGCCCGCGCUGGCUACAUCACUGUUGCCCCAGACUUGAUGGACGGCAAGCCAAGAACCGAAGGGUCUAUGUCAGGGUUCAACGCGAGCGAGUUUUUCAAGUCACAUGGACCUAGCGUCACAGACCCCAAAGUCGAGAAAGCCAUCACCUACAUGCGAGAGCAAAUGGGCGUCCGUCAUAUUGCAUCGACCGGGUAUUGUUUCGGUGGGAGAUAUGUCUUCCGAGCACUCGGGCUUCCCGACAACAAGGGAGUGCAGGUUGGGUUUGCUGCACAUCCAAGCGCACUUGGCGACGACGAAAUCAAGGCUAUUAAAGGACCUGCAAGUCUGGCCGUGGCCGAGGGGGAUACUGGUAUGUUGACAAAGAGAAGGGUGGAGAUUGAAACAGCCAUGGGAACCACUGGUCAACCGUUCACGAUGGCACUUUAUGGCGGAACACCUCACGGCUUUGCUACACAUCCUGAUCUCAACAAUCCUGUGCAAAAGGCUGCGAAAGAAGAUGCUUUUCUCCAAGCGGUUCGCUUCUUCGAGACAUGGUUAUGA